UUAGAUUAGGACAAUAAUAAUUAAUUGAUAAUGUCACUUUUCCGUGAUGUGAGGAUGUGAUGGUGACCGUCAGAUUUAAAUGCAGGUGGGGCCAAGAUCGACUAGGGACAGAGAGAGGUUUCCUCCAAACAACGUCCUGCUGAUGUUGGCGGGGGCGGGGCUGCUGUGGAUGGGAUGGGCCGGUUUCAACGGUGGAGACCCUUACACCGCCAACAUUGACUCUUCCAUGGCCGUCAUCAACACCAACAUCUGCGCCGCCACUAGCCUUCUCGUCUGGACUUGCCUCGACGUUAUCUUCUUCAAGAAACCUUCCGUCAUCGGUGCCGUUCAGGGCAUGAUUACUGGUCUCGUCUGCAUCACUCCCGGGGCAGGUCUUGUGCAGGGAUGGGCUGCGAUAGUUAUGGGGAUAUUAUCCGGCAGCGUUCCCUGGUUCACAAUGAUGAUAGUCCACAAGAAAUCUCCAAUUCUUCAGAAGAUUGACGAUACACUGGGCGUCUUCCACACCCACGCAGUGGCCGGUCUUCUCGGUGGCAUGCUCACAGGCCUCUUCGCGGAGCCCAAGCUGUGCGCUCUGUUUUUGCCCGUGACCAACUCGCGGGGAGGGGUUUACGGGGGCAGCGGAGGGAUGCAGCUGCUGAAGCAACUAGCAGGUGGCGCAUUCAUCAUCGGAUGGAACUUGGUGGUGACGUCCAUCAUCUGCGUGGUGAUCAACUUGGUGAUACCGUUGCGGAUGUCGGAGGAGCAGUUACUCAUCGGAGACGACGCCGUGCACGGCGAGGAGGCUUACGCCUUGUGGGGUGAUGGGGAAAAGUAUGAUUCCACCAAGCAUGGAUACUCGGAUGAUAACAACAAUAACAAGACAUCAACUGGAGCCACUCAGGUUGUGUAGACGGCCGGCCACCGGCAUAUCAAAAGUCAUCUUCUUUGUGUGCAUAAUUGAAUUUGAAAGCGAUUGUAUGUUCAUCAAAGCUUUGGUUAAUUAGUUACGUACA